CUGGCGUCGCUGCUUCUCUCUAGAUUCUUCUUUUCUCGUUCUUAGUCUCAAAAAUCGUCCCUAGUUUUUCCCCUUUUCACGCUCAGAAUCAGCCUGUUUCCAAUUUCAGUUCUUUUCGUUUCGUUGGUAUCAGAGAGACUUUCAAUUUCCUGCGCUUGCAAAUAGAGUUCAUAUACUGUUAGUGUUCAUGGAAGAUCAAGCCACUAAUCAAUGCUCAAGUAGCAACAAUGUGUCUGAGGAAACGUCAGAAUCAACUGUUGAGCUUAACGUCAAGACGCUAGACUCACAGACGUAUUCUUUUCAAGUGAACAAGAAUGAAACAGUUUCAUUAUUCAAGGAGAAGAUAGCUAGUAAGAUAGGGGUGCCGGUUGCUCAGCAGAGGCUAAUUUUCCGGGGACGGGUUUUGAAAGAUGACCAUCCUCUCUCGGAGUAUCAUUUAGAAAAUGGGGAUACUUUACACUUGGUAGUGAGGCAGCCAGCAGAAUCUGUGCCAUCAUCUGGUACACCUUCAGAAGGGUCAACUGCAAAUGAUGGAAAUGGUACAAAUGGAGGACCAUCUCGAAAUCGGGGACACAUCUCCCACAACGUAGUUCUUGGGACUUUUAAUGUUGCAGAUCAUACAGAAGGCAUCGUUCCAGAUAUCAGCCGGGUCAUUGGAGCAGUUCUAAAUUCUUUUGGAAUAGGCGGGCAGCAGCCUAUAAAUAACAAUACUAAUGGCACGCAGUCAUCUAUGCCCUCAAAUUUGUCUGGUCAUGCUCCUCCUGGAAAUACAUCUGAUGGAGCGCCUGCCACCGGGGGUCGAAGUCAAGCGGCAGGUCAUUCACUACCUAGGCAAGCAUUUCCGCGUGCAACAUAUCAAGCAUCAAUGCCUCAUGUGGUUCAGAUUCCGGUUACAGCAACUACAGCAAUACCUAUUCCUUCGUUUCAAAUGCCUAUCCCAGAUUCGUUAGACACUCUUUUUGAGUUCAUUAAUCGGAUGGAGCAAGCAUUAUCACAAAAUGGGCAUCAACCAGAAUCCUCUUCUGCCACAUCAGGAGGCCAGCCAAGGGAAGAGUUGCCUAGAAAUAGACGAGGUCCAUCAACGCCUGAAGCUCUCUCUAUUGUCCUGAGGAAUGCACAGCGUUUACUGAGUGGUCCAGCUGUAUCUAAUUUAUCGCAUAUCGCAGGUCGUCUGGAACAGGAUGGAUCCUCUACAGAUCCUGCUCUCAGGGCACAAAUCCAGACAGAGGCAGUGCAAGUAGGUCUUGCUAUGCAACAUUUAGGGGCCCUCCUACUGGAGCUCGGGCGCACGAUACUCACACUGAGAAUGGCACAGUCUCCGGAAUUGUCCUAUGUGAAUGCUGGGCCUGCUGUUUAUAUAUCUCCAUCAGGACCGAAUCCUAUUAUGGUUCAGCCUUUUCCUCAUCAAACCAGCUCUCUCUUUACUGGUAUGGCUGCCCCAUCAAAUCUAGCAACCGGUUCUGUUGGUUUAGGAACUGCCCCAAGGCACAUUAACAUUCACAUACAUGCUGGCACAUCGCCUUCACCUGUGAUGUCGUCAGUAGGAAACCAGCAAAGCAAUGGAGAAGGAGGGCAACAAGGUAAUGACAGUAACACAAGUUCAGUUCGGGUACUCCCAGUGAGAAACAUCAUUGCUGCUGCUGUUCCAUCACGCUCUACUGGUGAGAAUGUUUCUGCUGGGGUUCAACCUGGUUCGGAUGGUUCUGUUUCAGCUGCUGAAAUUAAUGCAAGGAUUAGAGAGAUGGUAAACAAUAUGCAAGGAAGAAAUCAGGUUCCAUCCGGUACGGAAUCUCCCGAGCUAAAUACGUCUUCGGGCUAUGGUGUUUCUAGUGCUACGCCUGUCCAGCCGACCAACAUUGCAGCUACUCACACACCUGAGGAGUCAAGUGGAUCACUGCCUGACUUACCAUUUGAAAGGCGUAACUGGAUUGAUCAAAGUUAUAGAGAACAUUAUGAAGAUUUAGGGCAGCCGGCGAGUGCAAAUGAUAUCCCUUGUAUUGCAGGGCAAUCUCCAGCUCCGGUUGGAGAAUCCACAAGCAACGAAGAAGAUUCUGCCGGUGAUGCCAAAUCAACCAAGAAGGCUAUUCCGGAAGUAUCUACUGCUACACCACUUGGAUUGGGGCUUGGGGGUUUGGACCGUAAGAAACGAAGCAAGCAGCCCAAGGCAUUAGGUAAGAAUGAUGAACGUGGGACUUCUGCUUCGGUUGAAGAUGUGCAACAGAACAUUGGGACCAGUAGCCAGCAGCUUUUGCAAUCUCUAUUUUCUGGUAGUUCUCACUCAGUUGAGACUGGUCUUGGACGUGAGCAAGGUUCUGAUGAUCGGGUAGAUGUCUCAAGUGCAAUGUCUCAGGUCUUGGAGAGCCCUGUAUUGGAUGGAUUGCUAGCAGGGGUAUCCCGACAAGCUGGUGUUGAAUCACCAAAUAUGCUGAGAAAUAUGCUGCAGCAGUUUACCCAGAACCCACAGAUUAUGAAUACAGUCCAACAAAUUGCCCAACAGGUGGAUGGGCAAGAGAUAGAGAAUAUGAUUUCAGGCGGAGCUCAGGGCAGAGGUGGUGGCAUUGAUUUCUCUAGAAUGGUCCAGCAAAUGAUGCCUCUAGUCUCACGUGCCUUUAGCCAAGGAGGGCCAUCAUUAGAACCCGCAACACAACAGUCUGAUGAUCAUCAACCUUUUCAGGAAAACGUUCAACCCAUGGUGCAAAUGAUUGAGCACUCUGACCCACCAGAAGAUGUCUUCUGUGCAAUGGUUGAAAAUGCUGCGAUGAGUCAAGAAGACCUUGCGAACGAGCUCUGCGGCGAUGAAGUUCUUGCUCAUGAAUAUGCGGAAUUGCUAAGGCGAGAUAUCGAAGGCCGGCUACGACUACAAGAUGAUCAAGGUUCAUAAGAUACAUUGCAAAAAUUGGUUUCAUAAGUUUCAGAUGUUAAAUUUUGUGUUUGAAUAUUCUUUGUUUACUUGCUAAGAUCACCCACCCCCCACUAUGUAACAAGAAUUAAGGUUUGGGAUGGUGUGCUCUGCUGAAGAUGAACAGUAAUUUAUCUGGUCUCUGAAGGGUUUAUUCAGUUUGAUACUUCAAUCAUAUGGCAACAUUUGUUUCUUAGUUUACACAGUAUGUCAUGUUUAAGUGAUGAGUGUUAGAGACGACUAAUUAAGCUGCAGUCUUA